AUGGCUACUCAUGAAAAUAUAAAUAUGAGUUGUACUGUUACGGAUGAAACGAUCAUAGAAGAAUUUGAUUCUUCAUUAAUAAAUCAUAAUGAGAUUAUUUUAUUAAAAGAAAAAUUUCAUGAAGUUGAUGGAGGUGCUCAAUUAACAGAUAAUAACCUUGUAGCAAGAUAUUGCUUUCGGACUUUAUUAAAAUACCCAAUUAUUUAUGGUUAUAACCGAUAUUCAUGCGGUACACAUUAUAUUCAUUUUCAAAUUGAAAAACGUGGUGAUUUACGUUGUUUUUUUGGAAUUGGUACAUCAUUGGAAAUGGUAAAUCGAGUUAUCACAGUCGAAUCAGAUAAUAAAUCUCUUUAUGGAUGGUGGGGUUUGAAUAGUUUUGUUAUUAAUGGUAAAGUUCAAAGAAGUAAAGAAAAAAAUGAUAUUAAAAAUUACGAUGAAUUAACAUUGAUUUUAAAAUGUGAUCAUCAACAAAUUGAAUUAGAACAUCAUCGAACUAAACGUUUAUUAAAAUUAUCUAUUGAUAUAACAUUAUGUCCAUUUCCUUGGAAAAUAGUUGUUGAAUUACCGACUUAUGGUGAUUGUGUACGGAUUAUUCGAUCUAGUCAUUUGUAA